GCACCAAAAGCUGCUUGCCAACCGCCAUGACACAUCAGAAGAAGAAGAAGACGUUAGCUCAAAAUAGCAGCAGAAAGGAUCGCACUCUUUGCUUUUCCUCUUAACUCUGCUGCCCGGUCAUCUGUGGAAAAUGUCGAGACUCCAGAGUCUGAGGGUUUUCAUCUACCAGCGGCUAACUGCGGCAGUCGAAGAGAUAAUUGGCCAUUUAGAGAGAACAAUAACCGAGUCUGAGGAGGAGAUGGAGUGCCGCCAUCGCAAGCUGCUGGAUACGGUGUUAAAGCCUGAGGAUACGCUGCAACCAGCAGUGUUUUCUGCAGAAGACCAGCAGCAGUUGGUGAUUAAAGAAGAGGUUUCUGAGCAGCAGGAGUGGAGCGCCAGCCCGGACCAGGAGGACCCAGAGCGCCCACACGUUAAAGACGAAAUACAAGAUUUCUGGACCAGUCGGGAGGUCAGGAGCCAGCUGCAAGGACUGCACCAGGAGGAUAUCACCAAGUUCCCGUUCACUCCUGUGCCUGUGAAGAGUGAAGAUGAUGAAGAGAAACCUCAGGCCUCCCAGCUUCAUCAAAGGCAAACUGAGAACAGAGAGGCAGAGCCUCCAGCCAGCAGCUCAACUGAACAGAUGAAAACAGAAGCCGAUGGAGAGGACUGUGGAGGAUCAGAACCAGACAGGAACUUAGUAUCUGGUUUUAAAUGUCUGUCUGGAUCUGAUGACAAGACUUCACACUCUUCUGAACAUGUGACUGAAGAUAGUGGUUAUGAUUGCAAGGAGAUCAGGCUACCUCAGACAGAUUUAAAUACUAUGAAAAAUAGAGGUUCUGUAGAUGAGAUGGGACGUAAUACUGGCAAUAAAUUGUUUAGCUGCUCAAAAUGUGGUAAAAGAUUUGGCCAGAAGCACCAUCUGCAGACACACAUGAGAUGUCAUACUGGAGAGAGACCAUUUAGUUGUUCUCUUUGUGAUAAAAGAUUUACACAGAAGGGAAAUCUGACCCAACACUUGACCGUUCACACAAGGGAGAAACCAUGUAGUUGUCCUGUUUGUGGUGAAAGAUUUGCACAAAAAGGAAAUCUGACACAACACAUGACAGUCCACACAAGGGAAAACUUUGUUGGUGAGAGAUGGACAAAGGGAUUCUGAGAAGCAGGGCAGGAAUUUCACCGGCAGCCACUACGGCCGUGGCCACCGUUGCCCCUUUAUCUGGCCUCGAUGCCCUCCUGAAAAUCUUAUGCCCAUCGGCCACUGUACCCAGCUCUCUGCCUGUUUAGUUUUUUUCUUCCUCUGCCCUGCUUCUCGGCCUCUCCUGGUAGGUCCGCCGGAAUGAUAGUACAUGUAUUUGAUUGUAACAGUAACAAAAUCAACACGUGUGGUGUGACCAAUAAAAAUGCAAGCGUGUAAGAGCUCUCGUUUUCCAGCUGUAUUUCCUGGCCGGUCGAUCGGUACUGUGCCACUCUGAGAUGAGAGGGAAGCGAGAUGGCUCACUCACAGCUGCUUCCAUCAUCAGCUGCACAAAACACUGUUUAAUUUAGAAUGUUAUUGAUUAAUGUUAUUAAUGUUAUUAAGUAAUAGGCCCCAACUAAAGGUUUUCCUGGUCAACUAGUACCCGUGAGUUCAAGCCAUUAGUCGACUAGUCGCCGCACAUUUAUUAUAAGAAUUAACACUGCUACAUUACAGAAAAAUAGAAAACCACAAUAAUGAGCGUUUAAAAUAUAAAUUUUACAGGGGUCACGAAGCGAGCCGCCUGUUGCUAACGGCAAAAGCGGUAAUGAUUCUGAAUGUGUCGAGGCGACUGAACAUUUUGUUAAUUAAUUUCAACACAGUGUAAGAUCACACAAGUCUUGUUCAAAACGGGGAAUAAAUAACUUCCAACUUCACAUCAGGAAAUACUUGCAGACUUAAUAUGAUAGAUGAUGCUUAACGUUACAAAUUAACUCGCUAGAAACUGGCUCCUCUCCUGUCCCCGCCUGAACAUGCUGUGUCUUCGUCGUCCCCGGAGUCAGAGUCCUGGUCGGAGCUGCUUUAAAUCACCUUGGUACUGUGUAAGGAUCCCAUUUUUACUUGCCGCCGAUACAGAUUGUCAUUUGGCUAAGAGCCACCGAUCGUUUUUUUACUUUUAUAGCAGUAUUAAAAAAUCAAGUACUGUUUUGUUCAUCAAGUCAUAAUUAAAUAUUAAAUUGCUCAGAAUCAUC